AUGAACUUGCAGCCGUCAACUUGCCACCAUCGUGCCGCGGAGGGGGCGUCCCCCAACUCUUCUUCGUCGCUCUCCUUCGCGGCAACCGCCGAUAUUGCCGUGGAACUUCGCCCCGCACCUCAGAGCACGAGCGGUGAUGUGCUUCAGUCGCUCACACCGUCCAUAAGCUCCUCGGCGUCGUCGGCGACGGCGGACACACAAGCGCAUGAUCCGGCGGCACAACCUGGGCCGGUGCCGUCAAGGCCCAACGCGGUUGGGGGGCCCGUGCGCAGCCCAACAAUCCAGCCGCCGCCCAACAUGGUCCUCUCUCGGCAUCUGCAUCAUCGACACUCUCAUCUGCUCCCUCGAUCGAGUGCGAGCACGGCGGCGCCUGCUCAAACUGCUGACGGGCAGCUGCAGGGGUUAGCACCGGCAUCUUCGGCAUCCGCUCGAACAUCGGGCGUGGCGACAACGCACUCGUCGACGCCGCCACCGUAUGCCCUCGUGAUGGACUCGCUGGUACGCCGCUACCGCGCAGAGGAGGACCGCCUUAGCCAGUGGCGGCAAGGUGGUGGGCGCGUCCGCGCCUCUACCGCAUUCCGGCACAGCGAUGUGCAGCCGCGGCGGAAUCCGAGGGGUGCUGUGGAAGGGGAGGAGCGCACUCACGCAGACUUGCGCGGAAGUCCUCGGCGCGUCCUGAGCGGCCACAGAAGUAGAGCUGCAGAGAGUGGUCUUCGAGGGGUGCUGACAAGCGCUGCCCAACGCACCGCCCUCGUGCGGGCUGUGCAGGCCUGGUGGAGGAGCAGAAGAGAGCUACAACGAAUGUCAAGCAAGGCGGGCAAGCCAUUCUAUCCAGCGCCGCUAUCGGCUUUCCCAUCUGUGGUUGCAAGCGCGGAGAUGCAGCACCCCAGUUACACGACGGCCGCAGCAGUGCCUGCUGCCCCUCCUGUUGCUCCGCCUGUGUCGUCGCUGUCGUGGUUGGACACAGCUGGCCGCAGCAUACUUGGUCGUCUCUCUCACUCGCUGUCCUUGUCCAGUGACCGGGGAAAGUCGGUUAGGUUGGAGCUCCUGCGGCCGGCUGACGCUGCUCAGCCACGUGGUGCGCGCAGAGAUUACCAAGACGGCACAGUCGACGACAGCGUGAUGGAGGGCCAGCAGGCACAGGGAGCAGAGAUGGCUGAGAUGACUGCAGAGGCGGUGCCAAUGGGUGUGGCCACGCCUGCCUUGUCGCCGUCUCGCACGAGGAGCGAAGCUCUUCUGGGGCAUCCUCGCGAGAGUGCACGUCAGCAAGCCGGCGCGGGUGGCAGGGGCGGAGCCCUCCAUCGUUGGCAAGUCGACAGUGAGGAGGGAGACUUGGACACCUCCACAGCUUCUUCGACGUGCUCGAGUCGGGGUAGCCGCGUGGGUAGUGGAGACAGAGACGCUAUUCAGAGCACUGAAGCUGCGGGCAAUCCGAAUCACAGACAGGAGGCAGGGUGGACGGGCCGGCACGAGAAUGGUGGCAGCUUCACGUUCUCGUGGAUUGGCGGCCUCCGCAGGCGCCCCUUGGGCGGGGCCGUGACUGCAUCAUCAGACGCCCCGAAGGACUCCUUCCGAAGCACGUCGCGCCUGCUGGCGCGGUCGCGUGCGCGCCUCGUGCGGUGGCUGCGUCGACGGAAGCGUCUUGAGGGAGCGAAGCGGUCACUGCGUGAUGUGGGCGUGUGCCCAAAGCCGACGACAGCGGUGGAUGCGGAGCACUUCGAUGCGUCCUCGUGCGCACGACACUCGGCCGCCGCUCCUCCGCCGUUCUCGACUGCGUCUGAGUUGUAUCGGCGCGCUGCUGACGCCGCACCGUCGCCGUGGGAAUCGGCGCUGCCACCGACGUGGGCAGACUGGAGUGACGGUGGCAAGAUGCUCAGGGAUAGAGAGGUGACUCAGGAUGCUACGGCUGCUGCUAAGCGAACUACUCGCGCACACGUGCUGGAGCAGCUGAGAGCCGCGAUUGCGGCAGGGACGGCGGCGUGCAGGGCACAGCAGGGAGGGCUGGUGGCGCGGCAGACGACAUCGGAGGUGCAGUCGUCGAGUGGUGAACAGCCGGUGCUUUCUCUGGCUGCUCAGCGAACGCGUGAGCACGCCGACGAUCUAGCGCGCCUCACUGAGAGUCUGGGGAUGCUCACGCAAGUCGACGGGGGAGCACCCGAAGGCUCUGGCAGUGACAUCCGUGCCCACAGGGCCCACAGCCCCGAGGACGUGAAGCGUGCAUCUCCGAUGAUUCCGGACCCGGAGCAGAACGUGCCAGCUGCACUGUCACAUCCUUCAGCAUGCGCGGCAACGAGCUCUGCACUGCCCGCGUGGUCUUCAUCUUGUGCGCAUGUCUCGUCGAUCAUCUCCGCCGGGCAGCACCGCCGAUCUUACCACGGCAAUGCACGGGAUGUUCGUGGUGCAGCGCCGUUCACGCGUGACGGGAAGAGCUGUGUGCAUGAUGUAGCAGCAGAGGCCGCAGUAGAUGCGUUUCGAAGUCUGGUGACGGACACUACGCACACUCCGCGCGAUGUUGCAGUGCGGGCGGUGUACGAGGCCAUCAUGAGUGAGGUAUGCGUCCCCCUUGUGCAGCGCGAUGUGAAGCACACCAUGGAUGUGAGCAGUAGCGCGGCAGAUCGUGCGCUGACGCAGUGGAUUGAGCGACAGCUUAUGCUGGAGUUGACGCAGCCGCACGCAAGGAAGGUGCAGGCGACAGCGUUGCGUGACGGCUCUGCCGUGCCCUCGGCGGCGAUGUUGCAGCCGCUCAUCUGCACUGGUGUUAUGCGACACAUCCGCAGUGGUGUGCCAGUGUCGCUCGAGCACCUGCGUCUGGACGACGCUGAUCGCCAAGUACUCGAAUCCGUCUACGCGCGCGGUGCGAGCAACGCCAUUGCAGUGAAGUUCGACACUGGGGGCUACGAGAUCAGCUACAGGCAGCUCGCCUCUUUGGGCCCCCGGUCGUGGCUGAACGACCAGGUCAUCAACAACUACCUGCAGCUGCUGUGCGUGGAGGCUGAAGGUGCGGCCACCGCAUCUUUGCCCGCAGCCCGAUGCCGCCACCGUAUCGCGUCGCUGGGCACGCACUUCUACACGAAGGUGGAAUCCGAACUGGGCCAGAGCGUGGGCGGUUUUCGCAGCCCUCCACCACGCCUGCCGCAGCUCGGCUCUAGCAGCGCCGUUUUCCGCUGGCUCCGCCAUCGCAAGCAAUUGCUAGAGCCGUACAGCCCCUCCGAUCCGCGUAGCGUGCGUGCGGUGCUUGUGCCCGUGAACAUCGAGGCGCAGCACUGGGCUUUGGCGGUCCUCCAUUGCGCGGACAACCGGUGGGUCAUGUACGACUCUAUGAGCCGAUCCGACAGGGCACGCCAGCGCGGCGCUGUGAUACUGGCACAUCUCUCGCAUGCGUGGCGUGAGUGCAAGCGACACUUUGGCCUCGUAAACACGGAAGACACGCACGCUGCGGCGGCGGCCGUCGCUGCACAGGACUCACCGUCCUCUGCCGCACCCCAACCGUCGCCGUGGGUCUCGGCGUGCGUGGUGGCCGCGCCGUACGUGCCCUUCGCCGACACGCUGUUGACGGAGGGGGGCUCUACUGCCGUAUCACCUCUCGACUCCCUGCAGCCGUAUGGUUCAUUGGACGAGCUGCACCGCGCGGCGAAGCGGAUGCGACAUCAAGAGGAGCGGCUCAUGGAACAAGCAGCACAGAAGGCGCUACGCGGAGUGAGUGAUGCGGGCGGUGUUGGCGCAGCGCUCGCUGUGCGAGCUGCGCCAACGCCGCCAACGCCAUCGCGCUCGUUGACGGCUGCGACAGCUCUUCCUGCCGGGCAGCUGAGCGACACGGAGGUGGAGUGGUUCACAGGUGGGUUUGACCACAUCCCGCAGCAGGCGAAUGGCAACGACUGCGGGGUCUUUGUAUGCCAGGUGGCAUGGUGCAUUGCCCAGGGUGUGGCGGUAGGUUUUACACAGUCUGAUGUCACCCGGCUGCGCGAAAUCAUUCUGCUGGAGCUGCUCAGCAAGCGACUUCUCCGACGGUAUCCAACAGCGAACACGUCGUCGUCGAGCGGCGUCUGA